CGAAUACUCUGAGAGCGAAAGCCAGAAGAGAGACGUUAGUAUUUUGGUAAUAAUACCUUCAAAACUAGAAAUCAAAUUUGUUGUUGUAUGCACUGCAUUGCAGAAUCUCACAAUCCUUUUCGGAAAAAGCCACACGUCUUCAUCCUUACAUCGUCUUUUCUUUCCAUGAAACAACCUUAGCGGUCCCUUCAUAUAUCCUCACACACUUGUCUUACCGUUAUGUCUGAACCCACGUUCCCAGUAUCUUCUUAUCUGCGCGAGUGGUGACUGCCCCAUUUGCCUUUUCGAACCCAAAACACUUUCUUUUCCUCAAAGAUGGAUGCUUUAUCUAAGAAGAACGAAAAUUCUCAAAAGAAAAGAGAUGGGGUUGUUUUGUCUUGUCUCACCACAGAUUCUUCCAGUGAAACCAGUUUCUGUGGAUCCAGCUCCUCAGUUUCUGCUGAAGAAGCUAAGACAAAAGGGUCUUCUUCACCUGCUCCUCUUGGUUGGCCUAUUCUCAAGGCCACAAUCUCCAAGCGCUCUAAUUCUGAUGAAAAAGAAAACAAACAUAAAUCCCACUUGGAAGACAAAAAGUUUACCAGUAUUGCUUUGAAGUUGUCAGAAGUUGACAUGAUGAAGGAGAGGUUUGCAAAAUUGUUGCUUGGUGAAGAUAUGUCAGGUUCUGGAAAAGGGGUUUGCACUGCUUUGGCCAUCUCUAAUGCCAUUACUAAUCUGUGCGCAACUGUAUUUGGGCAAUUAUGGAGACUAGAACCCUUACCUUCUGAGAAGAAAGAAAUGUGGCAGAGAGAGAUGGAAUGGCUUGUUAGUGUUAGUGAUUACAUUGUCGAGUUGAUGCCUUCUUGGCAAACAUAUCCUGAUGGGAGUAAGCUCGAGGUAAUGACUUGCAGGCCUAGGGCAGAUAUUUUUACCAAUCUUCCAGCUCUUCGCAAACUUGACAACAUGCUUCUCGGAAUUUUAGACAGUUUCACUGCUACAGAGUUUUGGUAUGUAGACCAAGGAAUUGUAGCCCCAGAUGCAGAUGGUUCGGUCUCUUUUCGGAAAACAAUUCAGCGGCAAGAAGAGAAGUGGUGGCUUCCCGUACCUCGUGUUCCCCCUGCAGGACUCGGUGAAGACUCAAGAAAACAGUUGAAUCACUCUCGAGAAUGUGCAAACCAAAUACUAAAAGCAGCCAUGGCUAUCAACAGCAUUGCUUUGGCUGAAAUGGAAGUUCCUGAGUCAUAUUUGGAAGUUCUUCCUAAGAAUGGAAGAACUUGCUUGGGGGAUUUUGUUUACCGUUACAUAACAUCAGAUCAAUUCUCCCCGGAGUGCCUUCUUGAUUGCUUAGACAUAUCCUCUGAACAUGUUGCACUAGAGAUUGCAAACCGUGUGGAAGCAGCAAUUUAUGUAUGGCGCCGAAGAGCUCACUCUAGGUCCUCACCAAACCCCAACCGUUCUACCACAAAAUCAUCAUGGGAAAUAGUCAAGGACUUCAUGGUUGACGGAGAUAAGAGAGAACUACUAGCAGAUAGAGCUGAGAACAUUCUAGUUUCCUUGAAGCAGCGGUUCCCAGGCUUAAGUCAAACUACCCUUGAUACCAGCAAGAUCCAGUGCAACAAGGAUGUUGGAAAAUCCGUGCUAGAGAGCUACUCAAGAGUUUUGGAGAGCAUGGCUUUUAACAUUGUGGCCCGCAUUGAUGAUUUGCUAUAUGUGGAUGACUUGACAAAACAUUCAGAGAGGUUUGCAUUGGUUCCUACCACUACAGUUAACGUGGUUUCUCAGCAAAAGAAGGUUACACGUCCACUCUCAGUGUCUGUCUCAGGCACUACUCCACACAAAGCAUCAGUUGGCACACCUAGCUUUUCACCUGCGGCGGUGCCACUAAUAAGUCCUGCAAGAGGGGAGAGAACUCCUUUCCUCCACAACAUCAACAUCAACAACAACAACAACAUCAAACCCCAUCGUCGCGGCUUUGGGGUGAGGAGAGUGUUGUCAAAUUAUCUUGGAGUAGAGACAAAGACUACUAAGAUAUGCAGCAACUCAACUGAGGUGAAUUGUUCAAACCCAAGCAGCAAGAAAACGGAACAACAACAUCAGAAGGUGAAAAACAGGACCAAAUGACUAGCAAGGUUUUAUCCAUUUGAAAGCACUCAAUACCAAGUUGAGAUUCGGUGGCACAAAGUUUACUUAGGUGGAGGGAGGGGGAUUUAGUAGAGCACAAACUGUUAUAAAGCAUUUAUUAUUAUUUUUUUGAACUUUUUACAUAUGUAUCAUUCACGAAUAUAUAUAUUUAUUGGUAGUUGAGAAUUCAAAUUCGUAGUGUUAUUACAGUAGCUUACUGAGAUCUGAGUUCUGAAGCA